AUGUCACUGCCAAGGCUGAGAACCGAACAGGAGGAGGAGGCAAAAAAGGAGGAGGUGGCAGUUGAGAUUGAACCCAAGACUGGGGUCUCCUUUCCAUUUAAACUGGAUGAUGGGAAACAGUUGGGUUGUGUUGGUCUGAGGAAGAAAUCCAUGCUUGGCAUAGGCAUCAAGAUUUAUGGAUUCGGGAUUUAUGCAGACAAUGAGAAGCUGAGAGAACUUCUCAAGUUGAAAAUUGGGAAGGCCCCAGCAAAACCCACGAAGGAUAUGUAUCAGUUAGUGAUUGACAGUGAUGCCGAGAUGAUGGUCAGGGUAAUGGGACAAGCAUCAGAUGACAUUAAGCUAACCUCUGGUUCUGUGAUUGAGAUUUCUCGGCUUCCGGGAAACAUUCUCCAAACCAAAGGUGAUAAUUCAAAGACACUGAUAUGUAUUAAAAUUGUUAUCAACACACUUGAGAUGAGCACAACAUUAACAAAAAGCUGCGUGCUUUUGGGUGCAGUGAUUGGUGAGGUGGUCAGCAAGGUUGAGAGUGAACUCUUGUGCAGGGCCUAUGUGAACAUGUAUCUGGGAGACGAUCCCUUGGACAAGGAUACCAAGGAGAAGUUCGGAAUGUCCCUGCCUUCACUUUUCUAA